CACGGAAGAUAUUUGGAUUCAGAAGAUGGUUACAUUACUUGGGAAACCAGCAUGAAUCAAAGAUGUGAGGAAACCGAUUUUGAAGUUAUCUACGAAGGUAUAGUAAACAAAACAGUAGAUGGAGACACUGUUAAAAACAAAAACCUCGCACAGCAUGCGAUAUAUAGUACAGUAUCAAACACCCAUUUAUUUUCAAUCAAAACAAGAGAAAAGAAGAAAGUUUGCAAUCAUGAAGGUUACAGCACAGAUCAUCCUCGUAUUCUCAUUUUAGAAGAAAACGGAUUUAAAUCUCCCUUUAUGAAGCAAGCUUCAGAUAAAAACUAUGAUAUGUUUACAUACUUCAACUCAAAAAUUACUUUAGUUGAAAGUUAUAUUGGACAAAAGUUAAAUGAUGUAUACAAUACCAUUAUGACAGAAAUGUGUAAAAUUGACAAAGCCAUGAUGGAAACAAAAUUGACCUUGGCAAGAUUGAACCCUACAGAGUUCGUCAAUAGCAUAGUCAAAAGAGAUGGAUAUACAGCAGUAGUUGCUGGAGAAGUUUUACAUAUAUUAGAAUGUAAACCAGUUUACGUAACUGUUAGAAUAACAGAAAGAUGUUUUCAAGAAAUUCCAAUUUCGUAUAACAAUAAUUCUAUGUUCCUAACUCCAGUAACAAGAAUACUUCAAAUACGAGGAACAGAAAUAGAAUGUACCCCUUUAUUACCGGCUAAAUUUAUAUUUGGAGGACGUUGGUAUACUACCGAUGGUCGUUUAAGAGAAACCACAGAGCCAAACAAGUUGACCACUGAUAUCGUUACUGAUUGGACAUAUACGUCCCUUCCCAACUUAAUGGAAGCUGGAAUAUACGAUGAAGCGAGCAUAGAGAAAAUGCGUAAUAUGAUCUAUGAACAAGGAAAUCAAAAGGCGGUUGCAAAUAUAUUAGGAAAAAUACUGACAGGACAACAUCCAAGUUACCAAGGAUUAAAAUUCGAUGCAUUAAUUCCACAAGAAAUACUUGAAAAUGUGUUAAAUAAAUACUGGAAUAAGUUUGUAUCAUGGAGUAACUGGAUAGGAAAAAUGACAUCAACAAGUAUAGGCAUUUAUUUUAUAUUUAGAGCUAUUAAAUUUACAAUUGACACUAUUGUACAUGGAAAAAUUUUGUAUGAAAUAUACGGAUUAGGAUGGCAACUUCUAGCAUGUAUAUGGGACUCGCUUACAAAUCUUUUAACUCAUAGGAAUACAAAAGAUAUAAGAGCUAGUAUAAAUUCAAACCGAAAAACAAAUAAGGAAGCAACAGAGGAAGAAAAGGAAGAAAUAAUUGAAUGUGAAGAGACAAAACUACAACAACCACCAUAUAAUUUGUAUCCCAAUCCAAAUUUAGAUAAUUAUUAAACAAUACAUUAAAAGGCAAAAACUGAUAGUUGGUAAAUCAACGGCAGUAGAUUUACGGGGUCUGGUGUAAAUUAUGAUUCAUACAGUUUCUGCCUGCCCGAAUAAUGCGUCAUUAUUUAAGUAGGGAUAGUCUAGAUGCAAUAAUAAGAAGGACAGGAAAAGCAUAAAACCUAUGAGUAAGCCAAGUCUAGACGAAUCAUGGUAGAAUCCUGAUAAGAAAGAGAGUGAAGGAGGAUUCCGAUAGGGCCUGCCUGGAACUACCUGGGAAUGGAAAUUUCCGUGGAGAGUUUGAGGUAGACAGAAGCUACUCUACACACUAGUAUAUAAGGACAAUAAUUGUAGAAUAAAAGUUAGUAUUACUCAAGAACUCGCGUCAGCAGUGAUUGAU